AUUAUACUUGCAAUUUAUUUAUUUUCUUUCUUUUUUUUCUUACAUAAUUUGUUAUUGAUUACAUUAACAAAAUUUUGUAGUCUAACGACUAUUUCUUCUUCUAUAAAUAGCGGGAGCAAAUCUAGAACAUCGAUCAUCAUUCGUCGCACUGAAAAAAAAAACGAAAAAAAAACAUUUUAGAGAGAGAGAAAAUGGAGAGAGAAACUACGGUGCUAAUCAUCGGUGCAGGGCCCGCGGGCCUAGCAACUUCCGCAUGUCUAAACCUAAAAAGCAUACCAAACAUUGUCUUAGAGAGAGAAGAUUGUUGUGCUUCCCUUUGGAAGAAAAGAGCUUAUGAUAGAUUGAAACUUCAUCUUGCCAAACAAUUUUGUGAAUUACCCAAUAUGCCCUUCCCUUCCAAUGCACCCACAUACAUCCCUAGAAAGGACUUUAUCCGGUACUUGGAUGAUUAUGUUUCGUAUUUCAACGUAAGCCCUUUCUACAAUUGUACCGUAGAAUCCGCCUCGUUCGAUCACAGCCGUCGAAGUUGGGUUGUGAUGGCGAAAAACGAGGUUUUGGGCACGAUGGAGAAGUACAUAGCGAAGUUUUUGGUUGUGGCGACGGGGGAGAAUAGUGAGGGGUACAUACCUCAAAAUAUCCCGGGUUUGGAUUUGUUUAACGGUGAAGUGAUGCAUUCUAGUAAAUACGAAAAUGGAAAGAAAUUUGAGAAAAAGAAAGUGUUGGUUAUUGGAAGUGGGAAUUCCGGUAUGGAAAUAGCGUUCGAUUUGUCCAAUUGGGGUGCUCGAACUUCUGUAGUUGUUCGUAGCCCGGUAAGUGCUUUAUCCAAAAUCUGUUUUUCUUAUUUCUUUUUGAAUUUUUUUUGAAAAUAAUUACUCCUCUUGUCCUAAAAUAAAUGUCUUUUUGGGUUGUUGACCCACAAAUUA